AUGAAGCAGCUUUUCUCCUCCACUCUUCUUGGGAUGAUCUUCCUCCUCUGCAGCUCAUCAAUUUCUGGUCAGUCUUUGACACCGGCUCAAGCACCUUCAGGUCCCGCUGACAUCAUUGCAGUUCUCACAAAGGCCGGUAAGUUUACUACCUUCAUUGGGCUACUAAAGAGCAGCCAGGUGGAUUCCCUGAUCAAUACCCAACUCAAGAAACCAGGCAAUGGCUUCACCGUUUUUGCACCAACCGAUAGUGCCUUUUCAAACCUGAAAACAGGUACUCUCAACUCAUUCACAGAUGAGCAGAAGGCCGCACUGACAAAAUUCCACAUAAUACCUUCUUUCCUUACCAUCGCACAGUUCCAAACUGUGAGCAACCCGGUGCACACAUCGGCAAGUGGUGAUAGUGAGGAGUUUCCACUGAAUGUGAUAGGCAAUGGAACUCAGGUGAACAUGACAACAGGACUUGUGAAUACAACAGUGGACAGCACAGCAUACAGUGAUGGUCAGCUUGCUGUGUAUGAGAUCCCCCAGGUUCUCCUUUCACAAGGUAUCCUCAACCCUCAAGCACCCGCACCAGCUCCUCUACCACCGAAGCCUAAGAAGGCUGCUCCUCUUAAUGCACUUUCUCCCUCAAGGUCGACCACCGUUUCUGUUGAUUCUUCUGGUGCGACAGGUCUGCUCCACUAUGCACCAACUGUUGCAUCCAUUGGAGUGGCUGUUCUUGCGGCAAUGUCCUUAUCCCUAUGGACUGAGUGGCAGAUUGAUGGAUGGUGA